UGUAUUUCUGGUUUGAUAAUGUGUUUAGUAAUUUAUUCUGAGGUGUUUAUCUCUAAUCUACAGCUCAGGUGUCCUCAGUGAAAGUGACGUACAGCUGCUUGUCCUCUGGAGUCAUGAAAGUGAACUGUUCUGCUGAUGGAGACAACCUUCACUUCAGCUGGACUUCUGACUUUAACACACUCCCUCAACUGGAGAACGGGACCAGCACUGUUACACUGGAACAAGACCAUCAAGGAAACAUCACCUGCCAUGUAGAAAAUCAUGUCAGCCGUGACCACGAUACUGCUGAACUCCACCAAUGUCCUGGUUCACUGUUUCAGGAUCAUGUCUGUAGAUUUAAUCAGAUUAAACCGUGUUAUGUAGCUGUGGGACAACGACUGUACCUGCAAAUGCCCUGGGAGGAUGGGUUUGACCUAAAGACCACUAGUGUAAUUUUAAGAUAUAGAAAAUCCCAAAGUUCCCCACCAACACCACGUCUCCCAAGAUGGCAGUUUGUUAAUGAUAAUAAAACUAUGAUACUAACCAGUGCAGAGAGGAACGACUCUGGAACAUACACUUUAAACAUCUUUGAUGUAGACGGGAGAAGUAAAGGCAGUUAUACUCUCCAGGUGAACAUUGAAGCUCAGGUGUCCUCAGUGAAAGUGACGUACAGCUGCUUGUCCUCUGGAGUCAUGAAAGUGAACUGUUCUGCUGAUGGAGACAACCUUCACUUCAGCUGGACUUCUGACUUUAACACACUCCCUCAACUGGAGAACAGGACCAGCACUGUUACACUGGAACAAGACCAUCAAGGAAACAUCACCUGCCAUGUAGAAAAUCAUGUCAGCCGUGACCACGAUACUGCUGAACUCCACCAAUGUCCUGGUUCACUGUUUCAGGAUCAUGUCUGUAGAUUUAAUCAGAUUAAACCGUGUUAUGUAGCUGUGGGACAACGACUGUACCUGCAAAUGCCCUGGGAGGAUGGGUUUGACCUAAAGACACCUAGUUUCAAUUUAACAUAUAGAAAAAACCAAAGUUCCCCAACACCAACACAACAUCACUCAAGAUGGCAGUUUGUUAAUGAUAAUAAAACUAUGAUACUAACCAGUGCAGAGAGGAGCGACUCUGGAACAUACACUUUAAACAUCUUUGAUGGAGACGGGAGAAGUAAAGGCAGUUCUACUCUCCAGGUGAACAUUGAAGCUCAGGUGUCCUCAGUGAAAGUGUCCAACAGCUGCUUGUCCUCUGGAGUCAUGAAAGUGAACUGUUCUGCUGAUGGAGACAACCUUCACUUCAGCUGGACUUCUGACUUUAACACACUCCCUCAACUGGAGAACAGGACCAGCACUGUUACACUCGAACAAGACCAUCAAGGAAACAUCACCUGCCAUGUAGAAAAUCAUGUCAGCCGUGACCACGAUACUGCUGAACUCCACCAAUGUCCUGGUUCACUGUUUCAGGAUCAUGUCUGUAGAUUUAAUCAGAUUAAACCGUGUUAUGUAGCUGUGGGACAACGACUGCACCUGCAAAUGCCCUGGGAGGAUGGGUUUGACCUAAAGACCCCUAGUUUAAAUUUAACAUAUAAAAAACCCCAAAGUUCCAAAACACCAACAUCACGUCUUCCAAGAUGGCAGUUUGUUAAUGAUAAUAAAACUAUGAUACUAACCAGUGCAGAGAGGAGCGACUCUGGAACAUACACUUUAAACAUCUUUGAUGGAGACGGGAGAAGUAAAGGCAGUUCUACUCUCCAGGUGAACAUUGAAGCUCAGGUGUCCUCAGUGAAAGUGACCUACAGCUGCUUGUCCUAUGGAGUCAUGAAAAUGAACUGUUCUGCUGAUGGAGACAACCUUCACUUCAGCUGGACUUCUGACUUUAACACACUCCCUCAACUGAAGAACGGGACCAGCACUGUUACACUGGAACAAGACCAUCAAGGAAACAUCACCUGCCAUGUAGAAAAUCAUGUCAGCCGUGACCACGAUACUGCUGAACUCCACCAAUGUCCUGGUUCACUGUUUCAGGAUCAUGUCUGUAGAUUUAAUCAGAUUAAACCGUGUUAUGUAGCUGUGGGACAACGACUGCACCUGCAAAUGCCGCUGGAGGAUGGGUUUGACCUAAAGACCACUAGUUUAAUUUUAAGAUAUAGAAAAACCCAAAGUUCCCCACCAACACCACGUGAAUCAAGAUGGCAGUUUGUUAAUGAUAAUAAAACUAUGAUACUAACCAGUGCAGAGAGGAGCGACUCUGGAACAUACACAUUACUCAUCUUUGAUGUAGACGGGAGAAGUAAAGGCAGUUCUACUCUCCAGGUGAACAUUGAAGCUCAGGUGUCCUCAGUGAAAGUGACGUACAGCUGCUUGUUCUCUGAGGUCCGGAAAGUGAACUGUUCUGCUGAUGGAGACAACCUUCACUUCAGCUGGACUUCUGACUUUAACAUGAUCCCUCAAAUGAAGAACAAGAACAGCACUGUCUUACUUGAUAAAGAAGAACAAGGAAACAUCACCUGCCAUGUCGAAAAUCACGUCAGCCGUGAUCACUAUACCAUUGAGCUCCACCAAUGUCCUGGUUCACUGUUUCAGGAUCAUGUCUGUAGAUUUAAUCAGAUUAAACCGUGUUAUGUAGCUGUGGGACAACGACUGCACCUGCAAAUGCCCUGGGAGGAUGGGUUUGACCUAAAGACCACUAGUUUAAUUUUAAGAUAUAGAAAAACCCAAAGUUCCCCACCAACACCACGUCUCCCAAGAUGGCAGUUUGUUAAUGAUAAUAAAACUAUGAUACUAACCAGUGCAGAGAGGAGCGACUCUGGAACAUACACUUUAAACAUCUUUGAUGUAGACGGGAGAAGUAAAGGCAGUUCUACUCUCCAGGUGAACAUUGAAGCUCAGGUGUCCUCAGUGAAAGUGACGUACAGCUGCUUGUCCUCUGGAGUCAUGAAAGUGAACUGUUCUGCUGAUGGAGACAACCUUCACUUCAGCUGGACUUCUGACUUUAACACACUCCCUCAACUGGAGAACGGGACCAGCACUGUUACACUGGAACAAGACCAUCAAGGAAACAUCACCUGCCAUGUAGAAAAUCAUGUCAGCCGUGACCACGAUACUGCUGAACUCCACCAAUGUCCUGGUUCACUGUUUCAGGAUCAUGUCUGUAGAUUUAAUCAGAUUAAACCGUGUUAUGUAGCUGUGGGACAACGACUGUACCUGCAAAUGCCCUGGGAGGAUGGGUUUGACCUAAAGACCACUAGUUUCAAUUUAACAUAUAGAAAACCCCAAAGUUCCAAAACACCAACACCACGUCUCCCAAGAUGGCAGUUUGUUAAUGAUAAUAAAACUAUGAUACUAACAAGUGCAGAGAGGAACGACUCUGGAACAUACACUUUAAACAUCUUUGAUGUAGAUGGGAGAAGUAAAGGCAGUUCUACUCUCCAGGUGAACAUUGAAGCUCAGGUGUCCUCAGUGAAAUUGUCCUACAGCUGCUUGUUCUUCAAAGUCAGGAAAGUGUUCUGUUCUGCUGAUGGAGACAACCUUCACUUCAGCUGGACUUCUGCGUUAAACACUCGGUUGGAGGACGACAACAAAACUCUCGUACUGGAUAAAAUACAUAAUAAUAAUGUCACCUGUCAUGUAGAAAAUCACAUCAGUCGUGUGCACAAUUCAAUUAACCUCCUGACAUGUAUUGAUUUCAUGAUUGUGUUUGUGCUCGUGUGGCUGUUCGAGGUCAUCAUCCUGCUGUCUGUGUUAGUGGGCACACUGUACAUUUACCCCAGAAUCUACAGGAAACAGAGGACACCAGAGACCAGGACCAGGAAGCUCUGUAACCCUGAACAAGGAUUAGAAGACACAGUCUGUGGCUGAUCUCCUCUAUAUGAGCAGGCAUCGUUCUCCGUCUCAUCCAGACUAAAACCUGAUAAAACUGUAACCAUUACCAUAACAGUGUAACAGUGCUAUCUGCUUACCGACCUUGCUAUUGGUCUCUGUUUUGAAUUAUUUGCUCUGUGUUUUAA